AUGAGUGGCAUUAUUUUCUUUACUCUUCCGCAGACUGUCAAACAAUCUCCACCUCAGCAGGACAUCGACUACAUCAUCUACACAGGAGACAGCGUCGCGCACGACCUCUGGAAACUGAGUCGUGAGAAGAACACAAAAGUGAUCAAUAGAAUAGGAGCGCUUCUCAAAGAAUACUUUCCGGAUACUCCCAUCAUCGGAGCGCUGGGCAACCACGAGUCUUUUCCUCGAGACAGUUUUCCUCCACCAGAAGACGCCUCAAUCAACCGGAAAUUCAGCAACUUGUGGCUGUACAACUUGAUGACCGACCAGUGGCAGAGCUUCCUUCCCAACGUCAACAUUUCCACAGAAGCCAGGAUAUCAGGAUCGUAUUCUGUCCUAAUCCAACCGGGAUUCAGGAUAAUUUCACUCAACACAAAUUUCUGUUAUAAAUUCAACUGGUGGGUAAUGUACAAAAGCAACGACCCUGGCAACGAGCUUCGCUGGCUGGUGCGUGAACUACUGAAGGCGGAGGACAAGAGGGAGUAUGUUCACAUCGUCGCCCACAUAGCCCCGCUCUACGCCGACUGCUACGAGCAGUGGCGACACCAGUUCUCUAGAAUCGUUUCUAGGUUUUCUGGGACGAUCAGAGGCCAGUUCUACGGUCACAGUCACAUGACUGAGGUGCUGCUCAACUAUGACGUUAAUGACCCCAAGCGUCCCGUGGGAGUCCAAUACCUCACCCCCAGUAACACGCCCUAUCACCGCCUCAACCCUUCAUACACUCUCUUCUACGUCGAUGGCAACCAUCCUGACUCAACCCGAGCGGUGCUUGACUCGGACACUUACUUCCUGAACCUGACGGCGGCGAACGCCCACGACGACGUGACGUGGCAUCUGCUGUACAGCGCCCGCAGGGACCUCAGCCUGCGGACGCUCGAGGCCCCGGACUGGCACGACCUCGUCCGCAGGAUGAACAAAGAUCCUGAACUUACACGGAAAUUCCAUGCAUACGCCGUGAAGAUGAGCGAUGUUCUGAAAGACGACUGCGACAGAAGCUGCAGACGACUUCUAGUGUGCAAUAUGGCGGAGAGUGACCGAUUUCUGCCUAGAAAAUGCAAAAACUAAUAUCGGGUAGCACAGCAUGAAUGGGUGCAAAUUUCCUUUUACCUGAAAAUUUUAAAGUACUAAAAUUUCGAAAUCUGAUUUACAUAUAGAAAAAAUAUGAUUGCAAGAUAUGAAUUCUGUAAUUAUAAUUCUGUGUAAACGCAUAUUGAAAAUUUUUUCUGUAGUUCCAAAAAUAAUUAAUUAAUGUUAGGUUAAAUAGUUAUUAAUUAUUACCCGGUAAGGGUCGGCGAGCAGAGCCAUGAUUGGAGCAGAGGUUGCGACUGUAAACUCGUCUCUAAGUAGAAUAUUCUUUCUAUUCAGCGUUGAUUAGGCAGCGUUAGACAGCGUUGAUUAGGCUGUAGGCCUGUCGCCGAUUUUAAACAU